AUGGUUUACUUUAACAAGAAAUUGGGCGAAUGGUCUAGUGACUACAGAAAGAACAAGAACUUUGGACUGUACCUGUAUCUGCACUUGAAUUUGAACUUAAGUAGAAACCACAGCACCAGCAAAACACCAGUAUUGACUGUAAAAAUGACCGAUAUAUCAGCAAAGUCACUAAAGGACGACUUGGAUGUUCUCUCAAGUCAAGAUUAUUACUUCUUGAAAGCUAGGGAGGAUGUUGAGAAAUUCAGCAUUACAAAUCCACAAAGAAUUGAAGAGGCAAUAGAGGAAUGGCAGAGGAUAUUCACUCGUCUAUCGUUCCACUACCAAGAACGUACUAACCGUGAAAUGUUCUUACUCAAGGUGAAAUCAAUGUCUAGAGAUCAAUUAAGUGCUCUUGGUGGCGAGAAUAAGGAGCGCAUUGAACGUGAAGCUGCUUUGAUGGAGGAACAAUCAGCAAACUUUGACGAAGAAAGGACCUCACGGAUAGAUGAAUUGAAAGUGCUUGCUCAAGAAGUGAGUGAUAUGUAUGACCAAUUCCAAACCAAAAGAAACCAAGUUGAAAAAAACAUUGCAGAAGCUGACUCAUUAGAAAGGGAGAUUGAUCAGAUAUUGAAUAAUGUGGGUGACAGAAGAAAUAACGAGAAUGAAGAAGAGGAUAACGAAAAGAGGGAGAACGAAGAAGGUCAUAUGGAAGAUAACAACAAUAACAGGAACAAUAACAGGACCAACAAUAGGAACAACAAAAGUACAAAUCGCGAGAUACUAGAUUACAUGCUUGCAAAUGAUAUCACAGUAUUGAGCCCGUCUUCAAAACUAGAUAGCCAAGAGAAAGACAAAGUUGAAGAUCAAGUAAAACAAAUUGAGACGGAAAUCGAAGGAAUAGAGAAUAGAUAUAUCGAAGAACGAAGAAGACUUGAAAUAGUCAAUGACAAGAUAAAACAACUACAAUCCCACAUUGACCAAUCUGAGCCUAUUGAAUCUCCUCUGCAGAAUCGCCUAUUGUGGUAUAAGGAAAUGUCUCGGAUCUUGAUGAAUUUGGGAGGAGUAAAAGAAGCAGAGUUGUCGAUAAAUAUUCGUGGAGACUACAGACUCAAAAUUAUUACAAAUGAAAAAGAAUUGAAUGCGACGUUAGAAGAUGAUGCAUUGGUUAUUGAUGGUGUGACAGAUAGUUCCGAUAAAGGACAACGAAUAAGCCAAUUAGAUGAUGAAGAAAAGAUGAAUUACAUUGUAAUGAAGAUUCGAGACAAACUAAGCUGA